AUGGUUUCUUUUAGUAAAUUGGGUUCUCUAGCCCUUUUGAGCGGUGCAGCUUUGGUAUCUGCUGCUACCUACCACGUUGACGUUGACUACAAAGAGUACUUAGAUGUGUACUACCAUUACAGAGACGAUAACAGUGGUGUCAGUGUUGUUGCUGAUGCUACUGGUUUGACGGUGACCGUUGAUUCAGACUCUACUUCCGAAUCUGAUUGCCAAGUUUUGCAAUCUGGUAUGCUUGUAUACUCCAAGGAUGGUGAAUCUGACAAGACUUUGGUCACGUGGGAUCAAUACGAAGUGUUCCAUUUGGUUUACAACGGCCAAGAAGUGACUUACGAUAACGUUAAUGUGCAAAGUUGUGGUGCUGUUGCUCCAGAAGAUAUGAUUGUAUCUCAUUCAGGUAGCUCAUCCGCUGGUAUCACUGCCGCUGAUAUCACCACCACUGUUACCGCUGUUGACAGCGUUCCAUCUAAGGUCAUGACCCUUGACCAAAUCACUGACGCUGCUAUCUUGACCCAAUUGGCUCCUUGUUCCAAGGUCGUUGAUGGAUCUACCUCGUACUGUCCAAUCAACACCGUUUACGGUAACUCAGUUGUCACUGUUACUAAAGAAAACGUCGUUACCUCUUACACCACCUACUGUCCACUAUCUGAGGUUGUCUUGAGCGCCAAGCCAACUACCGUUAUCAAGACCAUCACGUCAUGUAAGAACAAUGCUUGUACUGCUACUACAAGUGCUGUAACCACAGAGAAGCUUGUCCAAGUUACUCAAGGUGUUUCUGCUGCUAAGACCACCAACGAGGCCGGAGAGGACGUUACUUCUACAUACGUUUCAACUACUGCUGCUCCAAGCCACAGUACUUCCUACACCACUCUAAGCGGAGGUGCUGCAUCUCCAGCAUCUGCUGCUCCUUCCCCAGCUGCUUCAACUGCUGCUGCUGCUUCUGGUACAACCUCUGCCGUUACUACCUCUGGUUCUUCCCCAGCCUCUGGUUCCCCAGCCUCUGGUUCUUCCCCAGCUUCUUCUGGUACCGUCACCACCACCGCUGGCGCAGCCGGUGCCACAGGAUCUGGUAUCUUGCAAGUUGGUGCCUCCUCUGCUGCCCCAAGCUCCGCUGGUGAAAUCAGCGUUUACGAAGGUGAGGCUAACUUCUUCAGCGUCAACAAGUACGCCGUUGCUGCAUUAGCUGUCGGUGCCGCCAUGAUCUAA